AUGCCCGCCACAGACUCACCAGCAGUCAUUGUAGCCCGCUUCCUGAAAGCCAAUCAUUACAACAAGACUCUCGAAGCAUUCCUCGCCGAGGCGGGCCUCCCAGAGGAAGCGGCAAUUACCAAUCCCGGCGACUGGACGAUCGAGAAGAUCAUCGAGGAGAAGAAACAGUUCGACGCCAGUCUCGCCUUUGAAAAGAAAGGCGACGAUGCUGAUGUCGGUUGGCCAACCCCAGCUCCCUCCAAGGCGCUUGAGCCCGAGGGGUUCCCUGUCACAUCAAAUGUCCUCUGCGUGAGCGGGUCGAGCAGCAGCAGGGAGAAUGAAGAUGGAACAGGGGUUAUCUUCGUCACUGCUGCGGACCGCUCAUGGUCAAGUGUCUCGGCUACACCGCCAUUUACCCUGGCGAGCUCAAUUGAGAAUGCCCACGGAAGUCCCAUUCUAUCCAUCAGCUCUCUGGACGGAGGAUAUGUCUUCUCAACGUCCAUGUCGGGACAGCUGAUGCUGCAUGAUUCACGGGGUCGAUUGCUUGACAAGGUCCGCGAUCAUCUCAAAUAUGCCGUGCAGGUGGUUUCGGGAUAUACUCGUCAGGGACGGUGGAUCGUGGCGAGCGCGGGGUGGGAUCAGAAAGUCAACAUCUAUGCUCCUGAGCAUGAGCUCGCGGGGAAUUUCCAACCCAGCACAACGGCUUCGGACAUUGCUGCUGCUGCUGACAACGAGGAACCUUUCAUUCACGGACUGCUUCGCGACCCGAUCCACACCAUCACCGUGCCCACGAACCCCGAAUCCAUGGUCCUCGUGCGAAAUCCUGAUACGCACGACCUGUACCUGAUCCUUUCCCGGCGCGACUCUACGUUCCUGUACUACUACUGCAUCACGCCCACAUCCGAUGAAUCUUCGUCGUCUCGAAGCAGCGAAAUCACGUACUCGGUUCAAGAGACUGGCAGGCAGAAUCUCGCGCCGCACUCCAACGCUUGGAUCGCAUUUACACCUUCCUGUCUCGCCGUGUGUCCGACUGAUACUUCCCUCUUAGCCGUUGCGACAUCUCAUCUUCCACACAUGAAGCUUCUAAUUGUCCGGCUUCUCUUCCCCACGUCGACCUACAACUCUACCAACUCCAUCGCCUUAGAAAACGAAACCCAAGCCUCCCAAGCCCGCGCCGCGCUCGCGCUGCAAGACCGCGAAGACGCCGCGAUAAAACUGCACGUGACGACCAUGGCUCCUCAGACUCCUUACUCCACGCCACAGGUCGUUUGGCGACCAGGUGGGAAGGGAGUAUUCGUGAACGCGGAUGAUGGAGUUAUCCGUGGUCUGGACACGCAUAGUGGAAAAGUCGUGGCUAUGCUCAAAGCGCAUGAGGUCGGGAGCAAAGUGCGGACAUUGUGGGCGGGAUGGGAGGCUGCCGAGCCUGGCGCCAACGGGCAUGGGAAGGAGAAGAAGGAGGUCCUUGUCAGUGGUGGAUUUGAUAAGAAGGUGUUUUUCUGGAGGGUUGGCACGGCUUAG